CGGCGGCCGCGUUGCUAAAGCAGGAGCUUGGGCGGCGGCGGCGGCGGGAGCGGGAGGAGCCGGAGCCCGAGAGUAGGAGCCUGUGGCGCCAUGGAGGGGCUGGGAGAAAAUGGAAGUGUAGUACAAAUUGGGGAAUUGUUACCAUGCAAGAUCUGUGGAAGAACCUUCUUUCCGGUUGCCUUAAAAAAGCAUGGGCCAAUUUGUCAGAAAACUGCCACUAAAAAACGGAAGGCCUUUGAUUCAAGCAGGCAAAGGGCUGAAGGAACUGAUAUUCCAACAGUAAAGCCACUUAAACCUCGGCCAGAACCUCCAAAGAAACAGUCUAACUGGAGAAGAAAACAUGAAGAAUUCAUUGCCACCAUAAGGGCAGCUAAAGGACUUGAUCAGGCACUUAAAGAGGGUGGCAAACUUCCACCACCACCUCCACCUUCUUAUGAUCCUGAUUACAUUCAGUGUCCGUAUUGCCAGAGGAGAUUCAAUGAAAAUGCAGCCGACAGACAUAUUAAUUUCUGUAAGGAACAAGCUGCUCGUAUUAGUAACAAAGGCAAAUUUUCUACUGAUACUAAAGGAAAAUCAACUUCUCGAGCACAGUACAAGCCUCCUGCCCUUAAAAAGACAAAUUCUCCAGGAACAAUGCCUUCAGCAUCCUCACGUUUACCACAGCCAAGCAGUGUUAGCAAGUCUGUUGUAGCUGCACCUUCAAGUAAAGGGUCUUCUGUCAGUAGCUCUUUGGGAAGCAAAGUUCACAACUUAUCUCCAUCUCAUAAAGGGAUAGCAGCUCCACAUGCAGGUAGUAAGAUGGACAAAUUAGGCCCACCACUUCGAACUGGAAGAGAUGUGCAAAGGUUGUAUGAAAGUGAUACAAAAUCAGACAGUGCCAUCAAAAGAAAUAAGUUAUUACCCAUUAACAAAGGUAGCACGAAAGCACGAUCUUCAACACCACCUAGUUUGGCAAAAUAUUCUAUACCAGGAGUACUAACAAACAAGAGAAAAACCUAUAAUGCUGAUAGUUAUUCAAACAGGUCAGAUGUAGAUUAUUCAUCUGUCAAUGGAGCAGGCUUUAAAGGCAGUGAAGGAAAUUCGUCUGGACAGUUACCAAAAUUCUGCCAUGAAUGUGGAACCAGAUAUCCAGUGGAAUGGGCAAAAUUCUGCUGUGAAUGUGGCAUUCGAAGGAUGGUUCUAUGAACAUGCACCAAAGUAAAAGAAAGAUCUAAGUCCAGAGUUCUGUAGAGUUUCUGCUUUAUGAAAACUUAGAGCACUUCCUCUAGUCAUUUCAUGCUACACAUAUGCAAACAUAGUAAUUUUUUGAGUGCAAUCCUUUUUGGCUGCAUAAUUUAUAUAUACACUAUGUACAUAUUCUGUGUAAAUAAACUUCAGGUACUCACGAAUGUGUCAUUUAGAAAAUAUUCUUUUAGUUGUCAAUAUAUUUUUAAGUGGGCAUAUGCUAAUUUAUGGAUAGAAACUUUUGUUUUUAAAAGCACAUUAUCCCAAUACAAUCUAAAGUUACCUCUUUGAAAUUUUGAGAGUGUGUCCCUUGCCUUCAGAACAUAAUCAAAGAACACGUUAUUUUAAUGUAGAUGCUAUCUUUGUGAGGUCAUAAUAUAGAUUUAGAGCUAGCAGGAACUUUAAUGGCCAUCUAGUUCAACUCUCUUAUUUUACAUGAGGAAAUCAAGGCCCAGGAAUGUUGUGACUUGCCUGAGGUAAUAUCAGGUGUAGUAGAUGUUUUUCCUGUGAUUUUGUACUUGAGAAUAUCUUUGGCUAAAGUCUUAUCAGAUCAUAUUCCCUUUUUGCCAUUGCAAUUUAAUAAAAUUUAUUUAAAUAGACACUUAUAAACCUAUGUUGCCCUUUUUCUAAACAUUUAUUUAACAACGUAAUUUAAAACAUGCUUGCACAUUCUUUGAAAAUGGAAAUGAAAUUUCCUUUUGAGAUGCUUGUUUGCAACUACAAAAAUGGUCCAAAUUGAAAAUGAAGAAUUUUGAAACUCUAUUUCUAAGUUAGAGACUUUAUUCCCUUAGAGCCCAUGAAAGUACUUAAUGUCAUCUUUCUUCUUUGAUCCCAAUUGUGUCCUCAGCCCUUUUUUUCUUUUUCUGCCUCUUAACUGUGUUCAUUUUUGAGAAGAAAUUUUAAUUCAAAAUUUCAUUUUUAUAGGUUUAGAAAAUGUAUUUAUAUAAUAUCCCUCCAAAAAUAAUAUAAAAACACAACUUGUUUUUUAACAAAUUUCCAGUAAAUAUCUAGAUUUUUGGGGGGGUAGUAUUUCACACAAAAAUAUUUAACAGAUUUUAUAGGAGUCCAGUUUGUCUGAUGAUACACGUUCAGGAUCCUUCAAUUUUAAACCCUUUGGAAAGAGCUAUACUAAUCACCAGUGAUACUAGAAAAACAAAAACAGCCCUUGUCCCCAAGGAGCAUAUUAUUCUAAUGGGAUAAACAAAAUAUAUGUCAGAACAUAACAAGAUAAAUACAGAGUUGAUGUAAAGUAUGAAUGAUAGAAAGCUAUGAAUCAUAAUUGGUGGGUAUACAGAUAGCAGUUUAGUCACCCUUAAGUACAGUUAUUCUUUGUUACAUAUAUGAAACACAGAUCUAGUUUUCCCUAAUUUUUCCUAUAAGAUUCAGUCUUGUAAUACUAAUCUACAUUGUAAUCAGUAAUUAACCAUAAAAAUUAGAUUUUUAAUGUGUAGCUGAGAUCUAUUAUGUAAGUUUUUUUAACUUCCUAUUUUAGUUGUAUGUCAGGAAUUCAUAUUAAUGGUUUAAUUGUGGCUUUCCCACAACUUCAUUAUCUCCAAGUAUUAUUUGUAAGUCAUUGUCACUAAUAGCAUAUGGUAGAUAUUAGGUUCCUAAGAGCUUCUGUUGGAAGUGGCAUAGUUUGUGCUGCCACUUUUAGCAUUCUUACAGUAUUUUUAAUUCAUUCAAAUUUAGGAAAAUUAAAUUCUAUUUUAAAACACUUAGGGCUAAUUACAAAUAAAACUUUGGCGCAUAUGAGAUUAGAUUUUAGCUAUUUAAGGUCUGUUCAGGGGGAAUUGAGAUGGACAUUUGUAGCAAUCUUGGGAUUUUCUUUCUCCAAAAUGUAGUUAUGCUUAACUUCUAUGAUUUUUGCUCACUAUUAAAGAUUUAUAAAAGGGGAGAGAGGAAGAGGAACUGUCAUUCUAUCCACCAGUAAUCCCUCCCUGAUUUUUAUAACCUGUUUUUAUUAAUGCAUAGGGCUAAUUACACACAAAAAUGUUGGCAUAUAUAUUAAAAUAUAUUGGACAAAUGUCCAAAAAUGAUUAUUACCUAGUAAUUAGAUUAGUAUAUAAGAUGCACAUUUUAGAAUUUAAUUUUGACCAGUUUCUGUUCUGUUUUUAAUAUAGGUUGUUCUAACCCAAAUUAUGAAGAACAAAGAGGCAGCUUGGCAUAGUGAAAAGAGUGCUGGACUUGGAAUCAGGAAACCUGAGUUCAAAUCCUGCCUCAGAUACUAGCUGUGUGACCAUGGGCAAGUCACUUAAUCUCUCUCAGCCUCAAUUUCCUCAUCUACAAAGUGGGGAUUAUAAUGUUUGCACUUUGUGCCUCACAGGGUUGUUAUGAGGAAAGCAUCAUGCAAACUGUAAAGUGCUAUGUAAAUGUAAGUUAUCAAAGGUUGAACGUUAUGUUUUUCUGCUUCCCUUUUGUUAGAUCUGCAGAAUUUUCUCUGCACAAGUAGAGCUAAAUGGGUUAAAUCAUAUAGACUGGCAUAUGUGUUUCUCAUAAUGAAUUUUAUGGUAACAAGUAAAUGUCUAAAUGUAAUGCAUGGGGAAAUGAUUUGAUAAGGAAUUGUUUCUGGAGUCCAAAGAUGAUAUUAUGAACUGUGAGGAGAUAAAAUAUAUUUAUGAAUUAUGAAACAUAACAUGACAAUGUAUUUAAAUUCAUUUUAGAAUUUCCAUAAUUAUAUACAUAUAUUACUCUUAUUUUGACUUAUUGUGCAAUACUGUACUUCAGUUUUUAAGAAAUUAUCCUACAGCUAUGCACCAUUUUUUCUUUUUAUUUAUUUUUGCAAUAUAUUUUCCAGUGUUGUAGUAUAGAUAAUGAAUUUAAGCUUGAGCUACAAAUGUAAAAAUCCUUUGUGUAGUCUUCUGAAAUUUAUUAGUUUAAGAUUAAGAUAACUAUUGUCUGUUGUCCACUGUAACUUUUCAUAAAUAAUGUAUGAUGUGUUCGACCUCCUACAAUAAAUAUAUGAAACAUAGCAUCUUA